CAUUGAACUUAUGACGCAAGUGACGAGGACACAGCCUGGGGGCAGAUAUCCCGCUGGUGACACUGGUACCCUGUACAUGCAUAGGCACAUGGUUAUGUGAGAGGGGCAGCCAGAGACAGCCUGCGACAAGCUGCAGUGCACGGCUUGGUAUGUGCCCGAGCACUCACGGGCAGUAUGGAGACUUCUGAGGCACUACAUGGGAAGCCCACUUCCACUGACCGUUCACUAGAUUCCAGGUGCCCCCGUUACACACAGCAAAAAUAAGCCAAAUGUUGGCACGAAAGCUGAUAUUUCCAUACUGAGUGUGAUGAGAGGGCAAGGGGCAGAACGUGUCCUGCCUGCAGCCUUUUCCCCUUUGGGGAUCCUGCGCACAGAAGCAAAGCACUGACACCACUACAACCCUCACUCACCCUGCAGGCCUGGGACAGUGCUUGUGGGUGUUACCCGCAGGCUUUAUUUGGAAGGAAGUAGGGGAGAGUUUAGGUAGGAAAUACAAAGGGAGGAGACUGGAGAUAUAAAAGUAAAAAAAGGAGGGAUAGCAGCAGUGGGUAUAGUGGGGGAAGUACGUGGAAAGUGAGAGCAUGUGGGGGAAUCUCAUGCUGCAUCAUGACUCCUAAUAGUGCAUAGAGUAAAUGAGAGUUGUUGUUUUAUGUAGUUAGUGCCGUUAAAUAAAGUUACUACAACUUUUGGAUGCUGGGUAGUUUGGGCUUUAGUUAUUUACCCUUCACUCAAUGGGAGCAGUGUGGACACAUAUUGUGGAAGGCACAUGUGGAUUGGUGUGGACGGAAAACACAUAGCUUGACAGGAGCUCUUGUUAUCACACAGUCCCAAGUGCAGAACUGUCAGCUCCAUCAGUAGCCUCCACUUUCACACUCGUUAACACCCUGAAGGAUAGAAGAUGGAAUUACAAGUUCUGUGUGGUGCCCUUUUUUGGAUCUUGCUACCUUUGUCACUUCUGGCCGCCUGCCUGUUCCGCUACAACCUACUGUCCCUGGUAUAUCUACUGUUCCUGUUGUUACUUCCAUGGUUCGCAGGGCCCAGCAUGGCUAGUAUGAGAGGUCAUACUGGACGUCUGAUGAAGGCUCUCCUUGCUACCAGCAUUCUCUUCCUCACUGCUCACCUAACCUUUCAGGUGUGUCUGUAUACUGUACCUGGACUGGACGAUAUGCUUGGUUAUAACUGUAGCACUUGGGAGUUGCUGGCUCGCCAUGUUGGUGUAACUAGGUUAGACCUCUCUGACAUCCCUAAUGUUAUAAGAGUGGUUUCCCCAGAUUUGGGCAUCCUUGUGGUGUCAGCAGUGUGCCUGGGUCUGUGUAAUCGCCUGGUGCUAAAAAAGAUGAAGUCCACAACACAUCUGGAACAGGUAGAAGAGGAGAGAAUGGAGAGUGAGUGCGAGCCAGAGAGAAGUGAGAACGAUGAGCAAAAUGAUGGCGCUUUCCAGGCCCUGUCACAUGACAGAUUGCUGGGCGCACGGAUCAGAGAGGCUGCACACAAACUUCUGGAGGCUGUUGGGAAAUUUCUAGCCAUCUUGCUUUUAGCUCUUGCAGGUAUCACUGUUCCUUCGGCCUUCUCUGCCGCCUAUUACCUGGUCUUCGUUGGUCUCUGCACAUGGUGGGCUUGCCACUUUCCCAUGAGCCGUCUUGGCUUCAACACCCUGUGUGUCAUGAUUGGUUUCUUCGCUGGGGGACAUUUGAUCUGUCUCUAUAGUUACCAGACCCAGUUCGUCCAACAUGUCUUCCCUCCUCAGCACCUUUGGGCGAGGUUGUUUGGUCUGAAUGACAUUAUCGUUCACGCCAACUGCACGGUGUAUAUAGAUGACCUCAUCCUGAACCAGAGCCAUGCCUGGCCGGUGUAUGUGAACCCUGGCAUCCUGCUGUUGCUUUACUAUGCUGUUAUCUCAUUGCUGAAGCUAAGAAACUCAGGCAAAAGGCCGAAAGCUGAGGAGGUGCAACCAAUAGGAUGUGCUCUUCAGCCGACUGAGCAGGAAGACAUGGAGAUGGCACAUCUGGAGCCCUGGUCAAAGGAACGUUCUAAUCUUGUUGAAGAGACAAAGCCCAUGUUACCUAGAACUGGUGCAGAAGACGAGACAGAGCUGCAGGACUGUACAGUUCAUGUUAUCCAGCCAACAGCAGAUAAAGUUCCAGAGACUGUUAAGGAACAGUCGCCACUCCACCUGCUGCGUCAUGUCAUCCUGAACCAGAGCUAUAUCUGUGCACUCAUCGCAAUGAUGGUGUGGAGCAUCACAUAUCAUAGCUGGCUCACUUUUGUUCUGCUGUUGUGGGCUUGUCUGAUCUGGAUUGUGCGGAACAGGCGUCGGUUUGCCAUGCUGUGUUCCCCCUUCAUAUUGCUGUAUGCUCUGACGCUCUGCAGCUUACAGUAUGUCUGGAGUAUGGAUCUGGCUGAGGAGCUGCCCAAACAACUCGGCUUCAUGAGACUUUCCCAGCUCGGCCUAGAACGGGCCCCGUAUCCCUGUCUCAACUUAGGAGCAAUGCUUCUUUAUACUCUGACUUUCUGGCUCCUAUUGCACCAGUUUGUGACAGAAGAAUUGCUAAAACGCAAGAAGGUGGCAACUGCUUUGGAGGAAGUGACAAUAGCCAACACAAGGCAAACAACAAACCGGAACCUACUGAAGUGUCUUGGAGAGCAGGUGAUGAGUGUUUAUGCCAAGUACUGGAUCUAUGUGUGCGGAGGCAUGUUCAUUGUGGUCAGCUUUGCUGGACGCUUGGUUGUAUAUAAGAUCGUGUACAUGUUUCUCUUUCUACUGUGUCUUAUGCUAUUCCAGCUGUGCUACACUCUUUGGAGAAAGCUCCUGAAAGUCUUCUGGUGGCUGGUGGUGGCUUACACUAUGCUAGUCCUUAUUGCCAUCUACACUUUCCAGUUUGAAGACUUCCCCAUGUACUGGAAGAAUCUGACAACGCUCACAGAUGAGCAGUUGGGUGAUUUGGGAUUGGAGCAAUUCAGUGUGUCUGCACUCUUCACCAGCAUACUUAUACCUGGCUUCUUCCUCCUGGCUUGUAUCCUUCAACUUCACUACUUCCACCGACCUUUCAUGCACAUCACGGACGUAGCUCGGGCCUCUUCUAAAGAGAGCUCUGUGUAUAAAGACAGUGAACAACCCAAGGAAGAAGAGAAGGCAGCCGCGGAGACGUGUGAUGAGGAAGAAGAGAAUCUGGACGAAGGCUCCACACAUGAAGUUAUGUUAAGUAAGUGGGACCUGGUGGCCCAGCGCCUAACGGUCCUCUUCUACAAGUUCCACCAACUUCUGCACCGGCUGCAGGUAUUUCUCUGGAGACUGCUAGAGCUGCAUAUCCUGAAGCUGGUGGCUUUAUACAGCGUGUGGGUGGCACUGGAGGAGGUCUCUGUGAUGAAUUUCUUAUUCGUGGCGCUCUGGGCAUUUGCUCUUCCUUUUUCUCGUUUCCAACACAUGGCUUCCUGCCUCUGUACCAUCUGGAGUUCCAUCAUUAUUGUGUGCAAAAUGCUCUACCAGCUAACGAUAGUCAACCCACUGGAGUAUUCCAGCAACUGCACACAGCCUCUCCCGAAUGGCACUAAUCUCCUGGAGGAGGAGAUGUUUAACUCCACACUGUAUAAAGCUUCUGUUGACCCAGCCAACUGGUUUGGAGUUCGUAAAGGUUACCCAAUCUUGGGCUACAUUCAGAAUCACCUGCAGAUUCUCCUACUCCUAGUAUUUGAGGCUGUAGUUUAUCGGCAUCAGGAGUUUUUCCGCAAACGUCAUCAGUUAGAAGUACCACUCAACCAGGCAGUAUUCCCAGAAGUAAGCCGUGACCACCUGGACCGAGGACUGCUCAGUUGUAUCAAAUAUUUCAUCAAUUAUUUCUUCUAUAAAUUUGGCUUAGAGAUUUGCUUCCUGAUGACUGUGAAUGUGAUUGGCCAACGGAUGAAUUUUAUGGGGAUCUUCCAUGGUUGCUGGCUGAUAGUAAUUUUGACUCGAAGGCGGAGAAUGAAUAUCGCAAAAGUGUGGCCUAAAUACUGUGUGUUCCUGGUGUUCUUCCUGCUUUGGCAGUACCUGCUAUGUCUCGGCAUGCCCCCGGUGCUAUGUAUAGAUUAUCCAUGGAGAUGGGGCAAAUCUGUUCCAAUUAACUCUGCAUUGAUAAAAUGGAUGUAUCUUCCUGAUUUUUAUUCUCCACCGAAAGCUAUCAACCUGAUCAGUGACUUCAUGUUGCUGAUCUGCGUCUCCCAGCAGUGGAAGGUGUUUGCUAAUGAGAAAAAGGAGGUGUGGUACAGUAUUGCAGGGGAGAAUAUAGAGGAGCUUGAACCUUGCCAGGAUAGGGCAAAUCGUAUACCCAACUUCAUUAAUUGCAGGUCAUACUUGGACAUGCUGAAGGUCGUUGUUUUCCGUUACCUCUUCUGGUUUGUCCUGGCUGUGGUCUUUAUCACAGGGGCCACUCGGAUCAGUGUUUUCGGCCUUGGGUACCUCAUGUCCUGUUUCUACCUCCUUCUCUUUGGCACAAAACUUCUGCAGAAGCCAGUGAAAGCCAGGCUGGCUCUAUGGGACUGUCUCAUUAUCUACAAUAUCACUGUAAUACUAUCAAAAAACAUGCUUUCGCUCCUCUCCUGUGUGUUUGUACAACAGAUGCAGAGCAACUUCUGCUGGGUAAUACAGCUGUUUAGUUUGGUCUGCACCGUUAAGGGCUAUUACAACCCUCGUGAUAUGGAAAAAGAUCGUGACUGCUCCCUGCCUGUAGAAGAGGCUGGCAUUAUCUGGGACAGUAUCUGCUUUUGCUUUCUCCUUUUACAACGGAGAGUUUUCCUCAGCUCCUACUUCCUGCAUGUGACCUAUGACCUCCGUGCAUCUUCCCUGCAGGCUUCCAGAGGUUUUGAACUGUUCAUGGCCAGCAUAAGGAAAAACAUGAAUUUUCACCAGGAAACUGAGAGACGUUCACUUGGCCAGCUCAAGAAACAGAUGGAAAGGAUCAAAGCAAAGCAAGAGAGGUAUCACCAGGGGAGGAAACAUAGUGAAACGGAAGAGGAGAAAGCAGAUGCCAGCAGCAAGAAACGGUCCUCCAGGAAGAAGAUCCAUUGGAGCCGUCCGUGGUUAGACCAUGCAUCAGUUCUGCAUUCUGGAGAUUAUUACCUCUUUGAAUCAGACAGUGAGGAGGAUGACGACCCUACCCUGGAGGAACAGAGACCUCCCAAGCAGAGUGCCUUCCAGCUGGCUUACCAGGCCUGGGUUACAAGCGCCAAGACUGCUUUGAAGGAAAGGAAGAAGCAGCAACAGUGGAAGAAAGAUUCUGGAGCAGUAGAACAAAAAGGAGCAGAAGAGCAAGGUGUUGAGGUACAGGAAACAGCUGCAGACACAGAGAAGGAAGAAGAGUGUUUGGAAGAGAAGAGAGCAGGAGGUAGUAAUGUGAUACAGCGCAUACUUGACAUCUUGAAGUUUCUCUGGGUCCUGCUGCUCGCUAUGCUGGAUGGACUUAUAGACUGGAUAGGUACACUUACUAAGCAGCACGUGGCUAUGUCAACUGUUCUUUGGGUGGAGAGAUACAUCAUAACUCAGAAGCUGUCAAAGGGAGAAGACGUAACCCGCAGGGUCCUGGAUUCCAUCUAUGACUCUGGACAGGACAAAAAAGGCCCUGGGACGGUUACGUUACCCACCGUUCAUAGUAUUGAGAAAGGAGUGGAUUCUCAGACAAGCAUGGCGUCAAGUGGUUGUGAGGAAGAGGAUGUGGGGAGUACAAUGGCAGACUGCACAGACGCUACCACCCCACUAAGUACAGGUUAUAACACUCGCAGUAACAGCCUGGAACAAGUGUCUGCUGCAGCAGGCUGGGAUGACACUACAUCAAUUAUGGGAUCCCAAGAAAUCCAGCCAACUCAUCGCUCCCGCACAGCUAGCGAACUGCUGCUCUGCAGGCCACUCAUUUUCCCAGAGCUUUCUCAAUCUCAACAGUUCUUCAAGUCUCAGAGUCGGAUCCUGAAGCUUCUUCUUGCUCUUUAUAAUUUUGUGGCUGCUCACUCUGAGCUGCUUUGUUACUUCAUCAUCAUCCUCAACAAUAUGGUGAGCGCUUCGCUCAUUUCCCUUUUCCUUCCAAUCCUUGUCUUCCUGUGGGCUAUGCUGUCCAUCCACCGGCCCAGCAAGAGAUUCUGGAUGACAGCUAUUAUCUUCACAGAGGUCAUGGUAGUGAUAAAGUACCUCUUCCAGUUUGGUUUCUUCCCAUGGAACAGUUAUACAGUGCUGGUGCGCAAUGAUGGGAAGCCCUUUUUUCCACCUCGUAUUUUGGGGCUUGAGAAGAGUGACUCAUACAUCAAAUAUGACCUUAUACUGCUGUUGACACUGUUCUUCCAUCGGUCGUUGCUUAUGUGCUACGGACUGUGGGAUCGGAAAGAUAUGGACCCUGAACAAAAACCUCCAAGCCAUGAAAAGCAAAGUGAACCUGAGAUUCAAAAGGCAGAAGAUCCUGAGCCAGCAGGAAGCAGCGGAACCUCCCUACGCCAGCGCAAGAGAGGAGAGUCACAAGGCAGUGAGGCAGACAAUGAUCUUGUAAUGGAAAAAACACCAGAGGAAGAGCCAAAGAGGAGAGGUCGUGCGGCUAUCAAAGUGAAGAUGCUAGGAAUGAAGAUUGAAUAUUUCUGUAUACGUAUGGUUCAGGGAGUAUACCGCCCAGUGAAAUCUUUCUUCCAUGACAUCCUGCACACAAAGUACCGCGCUGCCACAGAUGUCUAUGCUCUCAUGUUCCUGGCGGACGUAGUUGACUUUGUGAUUAUCAUUUUCGGAUACUGGGCGUUUGGGAAACACUCUGCUGCUGCGGAUAUUGCCUCAACACUGUCAGAUGAUCAAGUCCCAGAGGCUUUUCUAGUUAUGCUCCUCAUCCAGUUCUCUACAAUGGUGAUUGAUCGAGCGUUAUACCUACGUAAAACUGUGCUUGGGAAACUCAUCUUCCAGGUCAUCCUGGUGAUCGGUAUUCAUGUCUGGAUGUUCUUCAUUUUACCAGCAGUGACUGAGAGAAUGUUCAGUCAAAACAUUGUGGCCCAGCUGUGGUAUUUUGUGAAGUGCAUCUACUUUGCAUUAUCUGCCUAUCAGAUUCGUUGUGGGUACCCAACUCGUAUAUUGGGCAACUUCCUGACCAAGAAAUACAACCACGUCAACCUCUUCUUGUUCCAGGGUUUCCGCUUGGUUCCAUUUCUUGUGGAACUAAGAGCUGUUAUGGACUGGGUGUGGACUGAUACUACCUUAUCCCUGUCCAACUGGAUGUGUGUGGAGGAUAUUUACGCCAAUAUUUUUAUCAUCAAGUGCAGCCGUGAAACAGAGAAGAAAUAUCCCCAACCCAAAGGUCAGAAGAAGAAGAAGAUGGUGAAAUAUGGGAUGGGUGGUCUGAUAAUAGUCUUUCUUAUUUGCAUCAUCUGGUUCCCCCUGCUUUUCAUGUCAUUGGUGCGAUCCGUGGUGGGUGUGGUAAACCAUCCUAUAGAUGUUACCCUCACCCUCAAACUAGGAGGAUAUGAGCCCCUCUUCACAAUGAGCGCACAGCAGCAAUCCAUCCAGCCCUUCACUCCACAUGAAUAUGAGGCCCUUACCUAUAAUUUUGAAAGUCAGCCGACUGCCAUGCAGUUCAUUACCCUGUACAGUUAUGAGGACAUUGUGACAGCACGAAUCGAGGGCAGUUCAGGAUCUGUGUGGAGUAUCAGCCCACCGAGCCGUGACCAGAUGAGGAAGGAACUUCAGAAUGGAUCCUCCGAUAUCACAUUGCGUUUUACUUGGAAUUUCCAGAGGGAUCUUUCAAAAGGAGGGACUGUUGAAAACACAUUUGAGAAACACACCAAGGAUCUGGAGCCUGGAAAUAUAGUACGGACAGAGCUGGCAGAUCUACUGCGAGGAGCGAGAGACAACCCUGUCACGGUGCCACAUUUGUUCCCCAAAUACAUCCGUGCACCCAAUGGACCAGAAGCCAACCCUGUGAAACAGUUACAACCAGAUGAGGAAGAUAGCUACCUGGAUGUGGAAGUGCAGCUGCAUAGGAAGCGAAUUGGAGAGGGAAACAGUACCAGCAGCUUUCUGGAGUGGUGGGUGAUCAAGUUGAAAGACUGUGAAAAUGACAACUGCAAUAUCUUACCUAUGGUUAUCUUCAAUGACAAGGUCAGCCCGCCCAGCCUUGGCUUCCUCGCAGGAUAUGGAAUUAUGGGCCUAUACGUCUCCAUCGUUUUGGUCAUCGGGAAGUUUGUGCGAGGGUUCUUCAGUGAAAUCUCUCACUCUAUUAUGUUUGAGGAGCUCCCGUGUGUGGAUCGGAUUCUCAAGCUUUGUCAGGAUAUUUAUGUGGUGCGAGAAAGAGGAGAGUUGGAACUGGAGGAAGAGUUAUAUGCCAAACUGAUCUUCCUGUACCGCUCACCAGAAACCAUGAUUAAGUGGACUAUAGAGAAAGACUAGGGUUAGUGAUUUCUCUCCAAUAAUGGUUUAAGGGAUGAAGAUUCCAAAACCGUUUAAAAUGCUGGAACUUUCUGGAUUCCAGAGGACUGUGGUCAAAAUGAAAUGUCUUAAUAUAUCAGAGUAAUUAUUCUCAUAGUUCUUGACUUUUUUAAUGCAACUUAUUUAUAUGAGCAAACAGCCAGCAGAAAGACAACACUACAAAUAAUAAGGAAAGGAACAGAUUUCCAAACUCGCUGCUUUGUGGUGUGAGAUCAUACUUUAAUUCUGCAAUGCUGUCUUCUUUUGACUUGUCCUGAUAACAACUGAACAAGGAAACCCUACUGCCUUAAAGAAAACAAGAAUUUCUGGUUGAUGGCAAACCAGUUAUUUAUGCUGCUGAAUAACAGAAGAUGCAGAACUUGGCCAAAUUUUUUUCACAAUAACACUGAUCCAGUGGUUUGGAAAGUAACAAGUCUUCUACCACCAACUGAGUGGAUAAGAACUUUUGAAGGAUCUCUUUUAUAACGAUAGGGCUCUCACAAGAAAAAAAAAGAGGAUACUUUUGCCAAAGUUAUUUAAUGUUUUGUAAAAAAAAGCAUUUUUAUUAUAAAAAAAUUAAAAUGAAAUCAGCAUUUUUUCUCAUUGUUGGAAGUGCCUCAGUAUACAGGUCAAUGCAGGUAUCCAAAGUGAUAGGAUAGUAAAAAAACUGACCUCUCUGAGUGUAUUGAGGGGAUCUUACAAUGCCAAACCGCUAAUGUGCAAUACUGCAGGGCAGGAAUCUGUUAGGGUUUUUUUUACAUACCUGAUUCAUCUGCUCUCUGAACAAACAUUUUUUUCACAAUAAGUUACAUGUUUUUACUAUUAAAAAUGCUUCUGUGAAAUA